CUCCUGCAGCGCAGCUCAUUCAUCCUGUGGGUCCCUGCAGCAGCAUCAUCACGGUCUUCUGCUCUUACGACUUCCAUCCUCUACAGUUCCAGCACAUCACCUCUGCAGAGCGUCUUGUGGAUGGUUUAACUCCUACCUCGAGUGGCUUUGUUUGCAGCCGUUGUUCGGUGAAUGGUGCUCGCGCGGAACAGGUGAGCGGCGAGCGCACUGCAGGUAGUUUGGAUGGGUCUCGAAGAAGUGAUCCACGCCAAGACUGCAAGUUUCCGAAAGACUUACAAGAAGAAGAACUGGGUAACUCACGGACUAUUUCGGAGAAUCUAAAAGCUGGGGAAAUCGUCACAUCUACUGUGUGAAACGCAGAAUUUCCAGAACAUUUUGAUUGUGGAUUUGCACAGGAGGUUGCCUUGUCAUUGCAAACUUGUUGUAAAUGUUUGGGAGUCAAGAUCACCCGACUAGAAACAUCACUGGGUUGAAAGUGGGGAGUUUUGAAGAAGAAAUGGACCCUGUUCGUUCCUGGGUGCGGAAUGUCGGCGUUAUUGAUGCAAACACAGCGGCACAGAGUGGAGUGGCCUUAUCCCGCGCUCACUUUGAAAAGCAGCCCCCCUCCAAUCUCCGAAAGUCCAACUUCUUCCAUUUUGUUCUGGGACUCUAUGACCGCAAUGGGCAGCCCGUGGAAGUGGAGAGGACCGCAUUUGUUGACUUCGUGGAGCAGGACAAGACGGGGGAGAAGACCAAUAAUGGAACUCACUACAAACUCCAGCUCCUCUACAGUAAUGGUGUUCGCACAGAACAAGACCUUUAUGCUCGUCUCAUUGAUUCUGUCACGAAACAGCCUAUUUCAUAUGAAGGACAGAACAAGAAUCCAGAAAUGUGCCGUGUUCUGCUAACUCAUGAGGUCAUGUGCAGUCGCUGCUGUGAGAAAAAAAGCUGCGGCAAUCGCAAUGAGACACCAUCUGACCCUGUCAUCAUUGACAGAUUUUUCUUGAAGUUUUUCCUAAAGUGCAAUCAAAAUUGUCUGAAGACAGCAGGGAACCCCCGGGACAUGAGGAGAUUUCAGGUGGUUCUGUCCACUACGGUCAGUGUGGAUGGUCCUGUCUUGGCCAUUUCUGACAACAUGUUUGUGCACAACAACUCCAAACACGGACGCCGCUCUCGAAGAACGGAUUCACACGAGACGGCGGAGACUAGCAUGGAAUAUGCUACUCCCUGUAUCAAAGCCAUCAGCCCCAGUGAAGGCUGGACUACAGGCGGGGCUAUGGUGAUUGUGAUCGGGGAAAACUUCUUCGACGGUCUGCAGGUGGUGUUCGGGAGCAUGCUAGUGUGGAGUGAGUUAAUCACUCCUCAUGCAAUCCGAGUUCAAACGCCCCCUCGACACAUUCCAGGGGUCGUAGAAGUUACACUGUCUUACAAAUCUAAGCAGUUCUGUAAAGGAGCUCCGGGCCGCUUCAUCUACACAGCGCUGAAUGAGCCAACUAUUGACUACGGCUUCCAGAGGCUUCAAAAGCUGAUCCCUCGACAUCCCGGUGACCCUGAAAAAUUGGCAAAGGAAAUGUUACUUAAAAGAGCAGCAGAUGUUGUUGAAUCACUUUAUGGAAAUAGCACCAGCAAUCAGGACAUGUUGCUAAAACGGGCUGCAGAUAUAGCGGAGGCUUUGUACAGCGUGCCACGACCUCACAGUCAGCUGCAGGCCAUGCCGAGUUCCCCGGUCCAUGGCAGCGUCAUGGGCCUCAGCUCUUAUCCCACACAGCUGGGUGUAAGCAUUGGAGAACCUGGGCAAACCAGCAACCAAGGUUACACCCGCAACCCAAGCAGUUUGUCCCCACGGGGCUACCCUUCAGCAUCGACCCCUCAGCAGUCCAUCUAUGGAUCCAAUGGAGGCAUGAAUGUGAGUUACGGGGCAGUGCCCAUGAGUAAUCUGGGUGUUUCAGGGUCACCUGGCUUUAACAGUGCCUCCCCAAACAGCUCUCCUUAUGCUAUCAUGCCCUCUAGCCCCACUGUACCAGGCUCCAGUUCCUCAUCCUCCCUCUUGUCCUUCACAUCUUUCCCAUCCUCCAUCAAACAAAAAAGUGCCUUUGCUCCUGUCCUGAGACCUCAGGGUUCUCCAUCACCUGUCUGCCAAACCUCAGGAGGGUCCAGCUUUAGAGCAAUGACAGGCCUUGUGGUUCACCCAAUGUAGAGGAUGAGUCUUUUCCAGUUAUAAGCUCUACAGACAGUGGCCAGAACUAGACUGACAUCAACGUCGUCUCUGUGAAAAAGAUACAGUUGUCUAAUCUUCUGAUGAAGAGCCAUCAAGAGAAUUAGAGACAAAAACAUUUUGGGAACCUUCUUAAGACGUAUCCACUCUAUGCACACUGUUUGCCUCUGAUUGUGAGGAGGUUGCCAAAGGGAUGGUGUUACUUAAAGGUUCUUCCAGCCACAAAAUGCCAAAAGACGUAUAAUUUAUCAUGAAACACAACUUAGUGACUUAAGACUGUUACACCUGUCUGGCCAUGUGUUCCUGACAGACACACUGGUCAACAGACUUUCACCGCAGUAGAUGCCAGUAAAAGGGAUGUCAACUGUGUCAAAGAUUUUUUACCAUAUGCUUAUAGAGCUACAUCCUUAAACUGAAACUAUGUUUUUAAAAGCAUAUACCAGGCUUUUCAUUUAGAGAAACAGAAAAUGUCUAUUUAGGUUUAGAUUAAUGAACUGAUUACCUCAUAUAUUGACUUAUUUAAUGAGAAAAACGAUAUAAGUUAUAUUUUUAGGUUAAGUUCUAAUAUAAGGAACCAUAAUUGUAUUUGCUAUUGUUAUUGUUAUCUAAUUGAAUUUGUUUUCUGUAAACAUUUUAUAUGUUGUCAUUUUGUUAUUCAUAUUAAAAUAGUGGCUGUAGAUUUUUACAUGUGAGAGUUUUGUUGUUAAAUUUACAAACAAAUAUUCCAGAGGACUGGAAAAUCAAGGAUUAAGUAGUUUAGCAUAUUCUGAUCACUAAUCACUUCCACUCUUCACAUUAGUGUUCUCACUGUAGUAUCCCUUCAAAAUAUUUCUGACAUUCAUUAAAAUCUCAAGGCAUUUUUUUUUCUCUUCCAC